GGAGGAGGAGGAGGAGGAGGAGCGGGUGCCGCCGCCGCCGCUCGCUGAACGUCCGUCAGCUCCAACAGUUUGCUAUCACCCCGUUACCUGUGGGCCCGAUGUUGUCGUCUCCUCCGAUGAAGGGAAUCCGUCGUGACGAUGGACCCGAGGUGAUCCAGUGAGUCACGCCGACAGUCAGGCUGAUGCUUCUGGCUCCUGAAUCACAGAUGCAUGCUCCCAAUGUGGAUCCUUCCCUCUGACCUCCACUGAGCCGCUCCAAGCCUCCAGCAGACAGACCCAUCUCCACUCUACUCUACUCUAGUCUUCUCCUCUUCAGUCCUUAUCCUGCUCUGAGCCUCUGGCGUCUCACUGAUAAGACAGGGACGUGUCUGAUUGGACGAUUCCUCCCUGCUAUCCACGCAGCCGGGCCCCAGUUCAGGUCCUGGAACUGGAAGAGAGGUCGGGGGGGUCGCAGGGCCCCGAGUUGAAAAGGGCCUCGUCCCAGUCGGAGCGCCCCUCCCUCAGUAAGAUGAGCGUGGGGGGUCUGGGCCAGGGGCUGAAACAGCUGUUCCAGCAUCAGCGUAAACGCCUCUCUCGCUCCGCCGUCCCCUCUUCGUCGUCCUCCUCGUCUUCGUCCGUGGCGUCGGCGAGCGGCGCCUCCCCCUCCGCCCCGGAGGAGGACGCCUCGGGGCCCCCCCGCCGUCCCGAAUCUGACCCCCUCUCUGCACCUGUGGUUCCCCCCGCAGCCGGCCGGGGCUCGGGCGUCGCCGCGGCAACGAUGAGGCGCGGCACCAGCCUGCAGAGCCGCCGCAGCAGAGCGCCCGGGUCGGGAUCCGGGAGCGGGGACCGCGACCCGCUCCUGCGAGGCAGCCCCCGGACCCCGCACCGCCGCCACACACACGACCCGCAGCAGCACACCAGCCGCCCGCGCUCCUCGUCCAUCAACGCCGCCGCCGCCGCGCCCAGCAGCCCCACGCCCGGGUGCACCGGAGGCGACGUGGUGCUGUCGUCGGGGUACCAGUCCACGGAGGAGACGGACAGGAUCGACCGGCUGGAAGUGAGCGGCCUCGGCCCGACGCCCCUGGCCGUGCCGUGCGGCGCCGACGGCUCGUUCCCGGGCGCCGAGGACGCCGCCCCCGACCCCCAGCGCACCAAGCAGGCGAUCGGCCAGCUGCAGCAGAAGAUCCUCAAGCUCACCGAGCAGAUCAAGAUCGAGCAGACGGCGAGGGACGACAACGUCGCCGAGUACCUGCAGCUGGCCAACGACGCAGACCGGCAGCAAAGCACGCGCAUCAAACAGGUUUUUGAGAAGAAGAACCAGAAGUCUGCGCAGAGCAUCCAGCAGCUGCAGAGGAAGCUGGAGCACCAGCACCGCAAGCUGCGGGAGGCGGAGCUCAGCGGCGUCCCGCGCCACCCCAAGGAUGUGCUGCGCGACAUGCAGCAGGGCCUGAAGGGCGUCGGCGCCAAGGUCACGGGCUUCAGCGAGGGCGUGGUGGACAGCGUGAAGGGCGGCCUCUCCAGCUUCUCCCACGCCACGCACUCGGCCGCCGGCGCCGUCGUCUCCAAGCCACGGGAGAUCGCGUCGCUGAUCCGCCACCGGUUCGGCAGCGCCGACGACAUCCCGUCGCUGAAGGACUCUCUGGACGACGGCGCGGCGGCGGAGGAGGGGGGGCGCGGCGGCGGGGGCGGCGGCGGACACUCGCUGCCCGCCGCCGCCGCCGGGCCCCACCCGCUGCCGAGUCCCAGGUACGGCAGCGAGGACGACUGCUCGAGCGCCACGUCGGGCUCGGCGGGCGCCAACAGCACCACGGGGGCCCCCGGGGGCCCGCCGAGCUCCAGGGGAAACACGCUGGAGAGGAGCCAGAGCUCCGGCCUGGAGCUGCUGCUGCAGGAGGCGCAGGAGCUGCGGGAGGGCCAGUCGAGGCUGGAGGAGAACCUGGACGGCCUGAAGGGCCUCUACCAGAGGGACUACACGCUGCUCAUGCAGGCGCUGCAGGAGGAGCGCUUCAGGUGUGAGCGCCUGGAGGAGCAGCUGAACGACUUGACGGAGCUUCACCAGAACGAGAUCCUCAACCUGAAGCAGGAGCUGGCCAGCAUGGAGGAGAAGAUCGCGUACCAGUCCUACGAGCGGGCCCGAGACAUCCAGGAGGCGCUGGAGGCGUGUCAGACCCGCAUCUCCAAGAUGGAGCUGCAGCAGCAGCAGCAGCAGGUGGUGCAGCUGGAGGGUCUGGAGAACGCCACGGCCCGGACGCUCCUGGGGAAGCUCAUCAACGUGCUGCUCGCCCUCAUGGCCGUGCUGCUCGUCUUCGUGUCCACCGUGGCCAACUGCGUGGUGCCGCUGAUGAAGACGCGCUCGCGCUCCCUCUCCACCCUCCUCCUCCUCCUCCUGCUGGCCUUCCUGUGGAGGAACUGGGACGCCCUCUCGGGGUUCACGCACCGCGCCCUGCGGCCCCCGGGGUGACGCGGCGGCGGCACCGAGGCGAUGUUGUCACUUCGGCCGCGGUCGCGGCGUCGAGGAAAGGAGCGACCGGCGGCGGCGAGGAAAGGAGCCGAGGAAAGGAGCCGAGGACACUCGGGGGUUGAGUUCUCUCCGGGAGGACCAGACCGUUUACAUUUCUUGGACUCCGACUCUCCGCCGGCCCUCAGGAGACAGCGGCGCUGUCCUCACGGGUUUAAUCGAUUCAUCUCAUUAUUUAUUAAUAAUUUGAUUUUUUUAUUGUCGUUAUUCUACUCGGUACCGUGUAGCAUCGGGCAGUCGGGGAACCGGGCCGGCGAUUUGCUCCAAAGGCCCGGUUCACGUGACGACUCGGGAAGAGAGCGGACGCCCGGCUGUGAUUGGUGGAUUGUGAAAAACCUUCCUGGGAGCUGCUCCUUUUCUUGCUGUGAUGAAAUUUGUUCAUCCGGAAAAUUUGUGAAGGACAGACCGUGACCUCAGAGCGUGACCUCAGAGCGUGACCUCAGAGCGUGACCUCAGAGCGUGACCUCAGAGCGUGACCUCAGACUGUGACCUCAGAGCGUGACCUCAGAGCGUGACCUCAGAGCGUGACCUCAGAGCGUGACCUCAGAGCGUGACCUCAGACCGUGACCUCAGUGUGACCUCAGACCGUGACCUCAGAGCGUGACCUUAGAGCGGGACCUCAGUGUGACCUCUAAGCGUGACCUCUGAGCGUGACCUCAGACCGUGACCUCAGACCGUGACCUCUGAGCGUGACCUCUGAGCGUGACCUCAGAGCGUGACCUCCGAGCAUGACCUCAGACCGUGACCUCUGAGCGUGACCUCAGAGCGUGACCUCAGUGUGACCUCAGACCGUGACCUCAGAGCGUGACCUCAGACCGUGACCUCAGCGUGACCUCAGUGUGACCUCCGAGACCUUUUUGUGUUUCUCUUAGCGUUUCUAAUCGCUUUUACUUUAUUUCCCUCUUUUAUGAAAACGAGUAAAAAGCCGUUUCACAAGGGAGACGACGACGCAAAGACGGAGAGGGGGGAGGAGCUUCAAUGGGCUGAUCGCCAUAGAAACGGCACAUAAACACGUACAGAGAACAUCGGGUUAUUAUUUUGAAUGAGUGAAGUUGAUUGUCCAGGCGACUUGUCUCCCCGCCAUGCUGGAUGAGGUCAGGUGAGCGAGGCGAGAGAGAGACCCUCAGUCCGAUGCUCGUCUUCUCCUCUUCGCGUUCAUCUCCUCCGGCCCGCCUUUCUAUUUUUUUUUCUCACGAGUCCGCCGCUCUUGCGGUGGUCAUCACCCAGUGCCAAACGCUUCGUCCACCGGGGGGGGGGGGGGGGUAUCCUGACGCAAUCCACGAGACUCUGAACACUUGAAUCCGUCGGCUCCGGAGCGUCCAUCUUUUUAUUUAUUUGUACUCGACGACACUUCAAAUACUUUGUUGUGUUUUUCACGCCGAGGAGCCGAUUCCCGAGAUGAAUUUCUUUUGAGCUGCACUUUAGCACAAGGCCAGAUGACACGGAGGCUCUCAAAGGUCGUCGGGUUAAAGACGAGGAGGAAGACGAGGAGUUGGCUCUUCCUCGGAGAGGAAACUCGCUCCAUUUCUUGAUUUCAUUGAUUCUGUUUCCACACGUUGAGAGGGGGGCUGACCUUUGACCUCGGCUUGACCUUGCAGUAACACCUGUUGCUGUCGGGGGAGGGGGGGGGGGUUGUUGUGUGCUGAGCCACUCCAGUGCCUUCUGAUGUCCUUUUGUACGUGUGGAAUAAAUAAAGUGCAUUCCCAAACUAA